CAUGGCUGCUUUCCUUCUUCUUCUGCUCUUAUCAUCAGGGGGGAUCUGAUCAUGGUUAAUGGACAGAGAACAUGGUGUGUGGCUAAGCCAUCAUCAGACCAGGCCACACUUUUAGCAAACAUAAACUAUGCCUGCUCUCAAGUGGAUUGCAGAAUUCUGCAGAGAGGCUGCCCUUGCUUCAUUCCUGACAAUCUCAUGAAUCAUGCUUCUGUUGCUAUGAAUCUUUAUUAUCAGUCAAAAGGAAAAAACCACUGGAACUGUGAGUUCAGAGGUUCUGGUCUCAUUGUUGUCACUGAUCCAAGUUAUGGGAACUGCAUCUAUCCAUAGCAAUGAGAAAUAAGAAACUAGAGAGGAGAAGCAAG